AUGUUGGACAGAGCCAAUAAUGAAGCAAGCAGUGUUGACAAAACACAAGCUAAUAAUAUUGUCAAAAGUGAUUCAGGUGUUACGGAAAAAGAAUUGAUUGCAAGUGACAAGAAACUGGAAGGCUGGUUACAGCUAACAGUAGCUACAGGUGUCGGAGCUUUUAAAACUACGGGGAAGCAAUUUUGGUUCGUUUAUGAGGACGACACGGGUAAAUUGUAUUACUAUCUACAGCCUCAGGAUCAGUGUCGUGCAGGGGAAAUUGACAUUAGGCAUUCAACGCUGACGUGCGAUGUGAGCAAGAAAGGUCGACCCGGCUUGUUUGAAAUCAGGUCUGGAAUCAAGGUAUACAGCCUUGAUGCUCAGGACAGGACACAUAUGUUUACAUGGUUAGAAACUUUACAGAGAAAACGGAGGGCAUACAGUUUGAAACUGUCAGAAUCCACGCAAAGCU